AUGCCAGCAACACUGUUGACCAAUCGUGAGACAACCCCGGCCAGCGGUUCUCUGACCAUGGCCGACUACUUGAAGGCGCAGCAACCCACCUUGGACAAGAUUCGGACCGGUCUUGCCAUCUUUGCCGUCUUUACCAUUGUCCGUUUCGUGUUGCAGCAUUCGUAUGCGCUGGCACGACGGAGGAGAAGACUGCCGCCGCAAUCUGCCAGCCGAGACGUCUCACCUGCGCCAGCUCACUUGCAGUAUUCUCGUCGCCAAGCCUGGCACCUCAAUGAAAAGGCCACCACCGACAACAUGAAGGGCGAGCACUCUGUGACCAGAGACGGUCGUGGCACGGCUACACAGACCAAGCUCACCACCGUUGACCCAAACCGGUCCCCUGAAGCUGAGGCGCUCGCCAAACAAUUCAUCUCGAGGCUGCCCCCUGCGCCACCACUAACACCACCUCAGCUGAGUUCGGCCGUCUUCACCAUUGCCCCGGGCCGACCUCAUGCUGUGGACAGUUUCAUGCGCCAGCCCAACCCGGAUUACAUGAGCUCGACCUCCUCGGUUGUACCACAAUCUGAUGCAGCAGAUGCGCCAACUACGCCUCGACGACGAUCUUAUCAAAGAACUCUGCCCAUUGGGAUUCCCACCCCACAGCAAUCCUUCGAGGCUGCCGUGGACUCGGCAAACCCCCCCUUGUCGCCCAGCUCCUAUCCGCCGACGAGCCCGCUUCUGCCGCCACCUCCCCCAGGCGCCGCCGAGGCUUUCGGUGACGGCCAGGCCCAGCGCCCGGUGAAGAUCCAGGGCGAGAUUAUUUCAGUCCUGGACAAUGAGGGCACGGGGUGGACUCGGCAUACCCGUGUCUACGGUGGCGGUGUCUGCCUGGCAUGCGCUGCCUCUGGAGGCGACGAUGCUGGUGGUUUCUAUGGAGCGACAGUCACGCCCGAGGAGAUGCGGCAGGGUGCCUAUACCCGAAGAAGCAGCAGCGUCUUUGUUCAGUCUUGA